GCAGGUUUUCUACUGGGCUCCCCGGAAUGUCUGUGGCCUUCGUACCGGACUGGCUGAGGGGCAAGGCGGAAGUCAAUCAAGAGACUAUCCAACGGCUCCUGGAGGAGAAUGACCAGCUGAUCCGCUGUAUCGUGGAGUAUCAGACCAAGGGCCGGGCGAACGAGUGCGUCCAGUACCAACAUGUGUUACAUAGAAAUCUCAUUUUUUUGGCUACCAUUGCAGAUGCCAGCCCAACCAGUAGUUCAAAAGCAAUGGAAUAAUCUUCCAGUUGGCUGUUGUGAAGAGUAAUUGAAUGUAAUCCUUCUUAUAGGAAAUGGAGACAGGGUCUUUACCAACUCAACUGUUUGAAUCAUGAAUGAAAUUUCUGUGGCUCUUUUAAAAAUGAGAAAAUGUGAAGAAAGCUACUAACUGUAUUCUCAAUGUAAAUAUUUAUUUAAAUAAUUAAGUAGAUCCCUCAAGAAUUUGACCCCACGUGUCCUCUUUCCUGAACUUGGAGCAUAUCUGGAUAACAGACAUCAGUAGCAUCUUCAAGCCUACUUUUUAGUUUCCACCUGAAGAGGAAACUAAGUAGGCAUUGGGCAGGAAUUGAUGAGACUCCUGAAUGAGACCUUGCUAACUGGACAUGUAACUGUGUGCUCUCUCCUACCAGUUUGUAAAUGUGGUCCUCCAACUGCUCUUUUCAGAUUGCUUUGAAACAAAGCUUGCUUUUC